AUGUUUUCUCAUAGCAAUGGAACUGGAGAUGAUUGCAUCUCCUUUGGUCCUGGUAGCACACAAGUAACUGUGAAGAACGUGUUUUGUGGACCAGGACAUGGAAUUAGCUUGGGCAAAUUCCCUAAGGAGGAGGACGUGCAAGGGAUCCAUGUGGAGAAUUGCACCAUCUCAGACACUACCAAUGGCUUGAGGAUCAUGACUUGGGCAGUUUCAUCAGCCAGCUGUUCUGCCUCCAAUUUCACUUAUGAAGAUAUUGUGAUGAACAAUGUGGCCAACCCCAUCAUCAUAGAUCAACAAUAUUGUCCAUACUCUUCUUACCCACAGAAGGGUCCUUCUCGAGUCAAGAUCAGCGAUAUAAGUUUCAAGAACAUUAGAGGAACGACUGCUUCAGAAGUUGCAGUGAAUCUCUUGUGCCGUGAGGCUUUCCCAUGCGACAAUGUCAAGCUUGAUGGUAUUAAAUUGGAGUACAAGGGAAAGGGGGAAACUUCGAUUGCCUCAUGUACCAAUGUGAAGGGGAUCUCUGCUGGACUUGAUGGGUUCCCUUAUUUGGCCGAUGGCUUCCCUUGCUUGGGGCAUUGGCAUGCUUUCGGAGCAGCCUGGAAGGCUGCAUGCGAGUGGAAAGGGCCAUCACGCCUUUUGAUCCCUGAAGGAACGUUCCUCGUUGGUCCAGUCCUAUUCAAGGGUCCGUGCCCCAGUGCCUCACCCAUGGUUGUACAAGUGAAGGGCAAAGUGAAGGCUUUGACAGAUAUGAGCAAAUACCCUUCCGACGAAUGGAUCGUGUUCCAGUAUGUAGAUGGCCUCGUGGUAACUGGGGGCGGGACGUUUGAUGGCCAGGGAGCAUCUGCAUGGAGCCUCAACCAGUGUCCUAAGAAAGCCCACUGCAAACUUCUCCCUACGUCAUUGAAAUUCAAUUUCAUUACAAACGGGGAGAUAAGGGGCAUACAUUCAGUGGAUAGCAAGCUCUUUCAUAUGUUAUUAUUUCGCUGCAAGAACUUGAAUGUCCAAUCCAUCAAAAUCUCAGCUCCAGCUGACAGCCCCAACACUGAUGGCAUCCAUAUCGGAUCAUCUUCCAAUAUCACGAUCUCAAGAGCUCACAUUGGAACCGGUGAUGAUUGCAUUUCCCUUGGGCCUGGAAGCACCCAAGUAACCGUGAAGAACGUGUUUUGUGGACCAGGACAUGGCAUUAGUGUUGGAAGCUUGGCCAAGUUCCCCAAAGAGGAGGAUGUGCAAGGGCUUCAUGUGGAGAAUUGCACCAUCUCAGACACCACCAAUGGUCUGAGGAUCAAGACAUGGGCAGGCUCAGACAGCAGCUCGGCCUCCAAUUUCACAUAUGAAGACAUCGUGAUGAACAAUGUGGCCAACCCCAUCAUCGUAGAUCAGCAAUAUUGCCCUUACUCUUCUUGCCCACAAAUGGUAAAGCAUUUAAGAGGUCCCUCUCGAGUCAAGAUGAACGAUUUAAGUUUCAAGAAUAUAAGAGGAACCUCUGCUUCUAAAAUUGCAGUAAAUCUAUUGUGCAGUGAGGCUUUCCCGUGCCAAAAUGUUAAGCUUGAUGACAUCAAAUUGGAGUACAAUGGACAAGGGGAAGCUUCGUCGGCCUCAUGUACCAAUGUAAAAGGGGUCUCUACUGGGAUACAAAUUCCACCAACUUGCAUCUAG